AUCUGUCAUGGCGUUUUGUUUUGUCAGUGAUCGAAUCGGGGUGUAACCAUGUAACGUUCGUUCGGUUUAAAGCUAACAAAUACAGAAACGCUUCAACAUGGAGCAUUUUAGCGACGAUUCCUCGGACCCAGACACCCCAGAGGUGUUUAAAACUGUUCCGAAGAGGAUGGAUGGAUUACGGGCGGUAGACGUGAUGACGGUGCUCCAUGAGAAGGUGGCUUAUUUGUCCGGGGGUCGCGACCAAAGGGCUGGACCCAUCCUCACCUUUCCUGCGAGCACCCGCAGAGACAGACUCAAACAUGACGACUACCGCCCGCUCCUGCAAUACCUCAUGCAGAUUCCAAGUGACGAAGUGCGCGAGAUUGGCUUCACUGUGAUAAUUGACAUGCGCGGAUCAACCUGGAAUACGGUGAAACCCAUCUUGAAAGAACUGCAUGAGAGCUUUGCUCAGCACAUACACAUUGUAUACAUUGUGAAACCGGACAAUUUCUGGCAGAAACAGCGUACGAGUAUAGGGAGUCACAAGUAUAAGUUCGAGACCAACUUGAUAAGCUUGGAGAACCUAGCCAAGACGAUCGAUCCUAGUCAAUUAACAAAUGAUUUUGAUGGGUCACUGGCGUACGAUCACAAUACCUGGAUCGAGUUACGCCUGGCUGUGGAGGAAUUCACUUGGCAGGCUAAUGAGCUCCUCGAUCAGCUGGAGGAUGUCCGGGACGAAUUGCAACAGACUGAUUUUGCGGAUGAUGUCAGUGGUGCAAAGAGAGCCAUCGAGAGACACAAAGAAAUGCAUUCUAAGGUGUCUGGAAGCCUUAUACACGACUUGGACGUUAUGGGCCAAAGACUGUUACAAAGAUUAAACUGUGAUGAAGGUAAUGGUUAUGAUUCUGGGUACUCGGGUCGUGAUAGUGCUUCAAGUCUCAUACUUAAUAACCCUGAUUUUCAGAACAGUAUUCCUCAGAUUUUAAGUUUAAUGGACAGUGUACACCAGGCUCAGCAGCAUGUGCAGCAGUUGUGGCAGCAUAAAAAAAUGAGGCUAGACCAGUGCUUCCAACUCAGACUUUUUGAGCAAGAUGUUGAAAAGAUGUUUGAUUGGGUGUAUCAUAAUCGUGAAGAGUUCCUAGUCAAUUAUGUUGAAAUAGGUCAUUCAUACCAAAUUUCUAAAGACCUCCAAGAGGCCCAUUCUCAGUUUACAGUUGCCUGUCAGAAAGUGUACAUGAAUAUAAACCGAAUACUUAGCGUUGCAUCAAGGUUAAUGGAGAGUGGUCAUUAUGCAGCCCAGCACAUUGGGAAUGUUGCUUCCAAGUUAGAUCAGGUCUGGAAAGAAUUUGCAGCAGGAUUGGAUGAAAGGUCAUCUGUUCUAGCGUUGUCAGUAAUGUUUCACCAGAAAGCAGAACAGUACAUUGAUAGUGUGCCAACUUGGGUUGAGAACUGCAAAAUUACAGCUUUACCUUCCGACAUCUUAACCCUAGAAUCAUCCAUCCAUAAUCACCAGUCAUUGUAUGAAACCAUGUGUCAGGCAUACACAGAGGUUCACAGUACCAGUAAGAAGCUCCUCUACCAACUUGAUCAUCUGGUUCAGAUAUGUAGCCAACUGCGGCGUGAUGGACAGAUGCGCGGCAAGCACAAGAAGCCCCGAGGAAAGCCAUCGGCCUACUCUGUUACUCCUGAUGGUAAGGUUGUUUAUCGUGGUGGUCCUCACCAGCAGCAACGUGGACCAGGUGCUAGUGGCAAUCCCGCUGCUGAUUAUUCAGAAGGUGCUAGUCAUGUCUUAGCUGUCAUUCAUGAAAUUCUUGCUCACCACAGAGCAGUUGAGCAGAGAUGGUCUGACAAGAAGCUCAAGUUACACCAAAGAUUAGCUCUCAGGCUGUUCCAGGAAGAUGUCAAACAGGUGCUAGAUUGGCUGCAAACCCAUGGUGAGGUGUUUCUUCGUAAGAAUCCUGGCAUUGGUCGUAACCUUGCUAAAGCUCGAAUGUACCAGAAAAGUCACGAACACUUUGAAAAUGUGGCCCAGAAUACAUACACUAAUGCAGAAAAGCUCUUACAAGCUGCCGAAGAGCUUGCUCAUACUGGUGAAUGCAAUCCUGAAGAAAUCUAUGGAGUGGCUCAAAGGUUAGAUUCACAUAUCACAAGUUUUGCAACAAGAGUACAACAGAGACACCGACUCCUAAAUAUGGCUGUCUUAUUUUAUACACAUGAAAAGGAGCUGUUGUCCUGGUUAGAAGAACUUACUAAUGAGCUUGAAGCGGAAGAGAAUGUCGAUGAAACUGCUGAUUCGGUAGAGGCAGCUGAACGAUUAGUUGCUCAGAUGACAUCUCAGCGAGACUCUACUAUAGAUGCAUGUGUGUCUACUACACAUGAAGGGGAGGGUUUGCUGAAUGAACUUAGGUCUGCCAAUGUCACCCCGGAUAUAGGGUGCAGUUCUGUUGAGGGUGUGGAGGAGGCCUUAGAAAGACUAGUCAAAAAGAGAGAUGAACUAGAAACCCUGUGGGCCAGUCGAAAGCUUCGUCUUGAUCUCCUACUUCAAUUAAGGCUCUUCCAAAGAGAUUCAAUGGAGCUUCUUGGUCAGUUAGAUUUAUGGGCAGAGGAACUCCAAAGCACAGAUUUUGGUCGUGACAUUCCUGAAGCAGAACAGAUGUUAGCUUUACAUAAUGACUCAACCUCGCACAUGCAAAAUGCCACUUACCAAGUUCUUCAGAGUGGUCAAGAUCUUCUUCAGUUAUUAGAAACUUCAGGGAUUCAAAUACGAGCAGAUGCAGAGUCAGACGCUAAUAAUAAAGUAUCAAUGCUCCUUGAAUGUUUACAUGAGAGACAGAUGGACAUUGAGGUGCUUACAGAUAUGAAACGUGUUAAGCUAGAGCAAUGCAUCCAUCUUCUCCAGUUUGAAAAUGAAGCUAAUCAGGUUAUCAGUUGGAUAAGAAAUGGAGAGGCUGUUUUAGCUGCUAGUUUUACCAUUCCCAGCUCACUACCUGAAGCAAAUGCUUUAUCACAUGAGCAUGGCCAGUUUCAGGUUGCUAUUGAAAAAACCCAUGCUGCUGUGGUCCAGAUUCGACAAAAGUCAUCUACAUUGUUGAUGGGAAAACAUUAUAGCCCAGAGCAAGUUAUGGAGAUAGAGUCAAAUGUGACCAAGAGAUGGGAGAAAUUAGUUACUUGUGCUGAAGACAGAUACAAGCUGGUUCAAGCUUCAAUAACUUUCUACAAGACAGCCGAGCAAGUAUGUUCUGUUCUUGAAAGCCUAGAAAGAGAUUAUCGCAGAGAUGAAGACUGGUGUCAAAAAGAGGUUGCAGUCCCAGGUGCUACUGCUGUUCAAGGGGAACAACAGCAAUCUCAGCAGUCUCAGCAAAAAUCAGAUCAGCAACAGCAAGGAACAGGUCCAGGGGGUCAGCCUGUACCUGAUAGGGCUUCAUCUAUAUCUCUCCACAUAAACAAACAUCAGGAACAGAAAGAGGGAUUCCUGAAAGCUUGUACUCUUGCUAGACGUACUGCUGAAACCUUCCUAAAAUAUGCAAAUAGAUCUCAGAAUUACUAUAGUUUAAAGGGUGAUGUUGGCCUUAGAGGACCUGAAGCAAAAGUUAGGGAUAUUUUAGAAAAUCUUAUGGCUCAAGAAAACAAAGUUUUAGAACACUGGACACAGAAGAAAAAGAAAUUAGAUCAGUGUCAACAGUUUGUUCUGUUUGAAGGGUCAGCCAAUCAAGCUCUUGAUUGGAUUAUGGAAACUGGUGAGAUGUACUUGUCUACACACACAAAUCUUGGGGAAUCCAAGGAAGAAACAGAAAAAUUGUUAAAGGAACAUAAUGAUUUUAAGGGAACAGCAAAGGACACUAGAGAACGUGUGAAGUUGUUGUUGUUAUUAGCAGAUUCUCUUGUUGAAAAAGGACAUGCUCAUGCCUCUUCAAUCAAAGAUUGGGUAGCAAAAGUUGAUUUGGCCUAUAAGAAUUUUUCAGGUCGUAUGGACAGAUAUCGCAUGCAAUUGGAGGAUCGUCUUGGUAUUCAAAGUGAAGAUAGUAAAGCAUCUUUGUCUCUAGACCGCCAUAGUGAUCCUUCUUUAGAAAAUAAAGUACAAAGUGUAGUUUCUGUGGCAGUAGUAGCAAAUAAAGAAAUUAGUGAAGAAAAGAGAAAAUCUGCCAGAAAGAAAGAACUUAUCAUGAGAGAAUUGUUGCAGACAGAAAGAGUGUAUGUUAAAGACCUUGAAGUGUGUACUAGAACUUACCUGUAUGAGACUCGUCAGCCUACAGCUCCAGCUGGCCUUCAAGGGAAAGACGGUGUUAUAUUUUGCAAUAUGGAAGAUAUUUUGAAAUUUCACAAAAAUAUAUUUCUCCAGGAGAUUGAAAAAUAUCAGUGUAUGCCUGAGGAUGUUGGUCAUUGCUUUGUGACUUGGGCCCCACAGUUUGAUGUAUAUGUUAGGUACUGUAAAGCCCAACCAGAAUCUAAUCGUGUCCUAGUAAACCAUGCUGGUACUUUUUAUGAGGAGGUGCAGCGUAAGCACAAUGUUGAACAUCCAAUUCCAGCAUACCUUAUUAAACCUGUGCAGCGCAUUACCAAAUAUCAGUUACUCCUAAAAGAAUUGUUGUCCUGUUGUGAAGAUGAAAAUCAGGGAGAAAUUAAGGAUGGGCUUGAGGUGAUGCAGAAUGUUCCAAAGAAAGCCAAUGAUGCUCUUCACCUCUCCAUGCUUGAAGGCUGUGAUGUUCCUCCUGAUUCUUUAGGAGAGGUUAUACUUCAGGACACUUUUCAGGUUUGGGAUCCUCGUCAGCUUAUCAGAAAAGGCCGUGAUCGUCACAUAUUCCUUUUUGAUCUGUACCUGUUAUUUUCUAAAGAAGUGCGAGAUCCAGGAGGAAAUAAAACUAAAUACGUAUAUAAACAACGCCUUGUUACUUCGGAGCUUGGAGUAACUGAACACAUAGAAGGAGAUGAAUGCAAAUUUGCUGUCUGGACAGCAAGAACUGGAGUUAGUGAUGGAAAGAUGAUUUUACGAGCUAACACACUAGAGCUGAAGCAGACUUGGGUGAGAAAACUGAGAGAAGUCAUUCAGGAAACUUACCUUAGCUCAGCUCUACCUAACAUUGCCAAAUCCCCUGCCAAGACUCCCAAACAAAACCGUGCUAGCAGGGACUUGGAAGACUCUAUAGAUGAGAAUGCGGAGAACACCGACCGCAACUCUCUAGCAUCAUAUUCCUCUUCGAACACAGACUCCGAUAAGGGCGGCGGAGAGGUGACAUGGGUAUUGGACGACUGGUCGGGCGCCGGCCCCGGGGAGUUGACCGUGACCCGGGGUCAGCAGGUGGAAAUCUUGGACCCACCCUCCAGUCAGUCGCAACACAGCCGGGACCUCUCCGAAUGGGCGUACGUCAGGCUGUCCCACGCCCACGACCAGGAAGGGCUCGUGCCUGUUAAUUUGCUCAAGCAGCCGCCCAGAAGCGCCCGCGCCGACCUUGACCUGUCAGAGGGCGUGGCGGGGGUUGGCGGGGAGGUCGCCGGAGGCCCCGCCCCCGCCGGUGGUGGCUCCUCCCCCGUCACCAAGAGGAAAGGUUUCUCAAGUCGGAAAUGGUUACCUCCUCCUCUUCGGAAACUGAGCCAAGGUCGAGUUGAUAGAGUCACCUCGCCCUCGGCUACCACUGCCGCCGUGCUUGACAAGCACGACCAACAGCAGCAACAACAACAACAACAGCCUCACAAACACCAGUUCAGAAAAGCCUACUCCGAGCGCCGGUUCAAGCAGGUGGGUUGUAAUCAUGGAAUCACUAUUCAGGUCACGGUUGGAGGCGAGAUGGGCAACAAAGCCGGGGGGCAGAGUCAGUCGGAGGAGGAGACGGAGGUGGUGCCCCAAGCUGCCCGAGUCCCGCCCCUCUCGCAGCACCCAGGAGUCCCCGGCACCAGCCGAUCGGUAUCUGUGGAGAACGGUGAAGAGGGCGAGCUAGAGAUGGAGCUACCGCCGCCCAUGAAGGUGUUCGACCAACCUAUAACCGCUGCUGCUGCUCAAGGGGGGUCAGGCCCCUCCAAUGUCGUCACAGGAGGACCCCUUCACCCACCCUUAGAUAAUAUAUUGCCAGAUGCACCAAACAGAUCAUCAAGUCUAUCCCUGAAGGCUGCAGAGGGUACCACGACGGACUUGGCCACAGAGAUAGAAAACAUAGUAAAGGAGAAGAUGGAGCAACAUUCUGAAACAAGUGAGCGAUUAAAAUGGAGAAGCUCUGGUGAUGGUUGCUCAGGAGAUGAAGCAUCUUCCCCACUACCUUCCGCUUCGGCUAUUCUUACUUCCGAACUUCCCCUCUCAGAUGAUGGGGACCUUGGGGCUUCUGCCCUACCUGAUUCUGCAAAUGUACAAGAUUCUAGUCCAGGUGAUUGUGAUAUGACGAAGGAACAAAGAGCACUUCACAAACGACAAUUUGUGAUAACAGAAUUAGUAGAAACAGAACGAAUAUAUGUUAACUAUUUAGAAGAUACUGUUGAAGGCUACAUAAAAGAAAUGAGAAAUCCAGAAUCUGAAAUCAAAAUGCCAGAUGACCUUAAAGAUGGCAAAGACAAAAUGGUCUUUGGCAACAUGGAAGCCAUAUACGAGUGGCAUCGAGAUUUCUUUUUGAAAAAUAUAGAGAGAUGUAUAGAACAUCCAGAAGAAAUCGGUGGGGUAUUUCAACGAAGUGAGAAGAGGUUGCAGAUCUAUGUCAAAUAUUGUCAAAACAAGCCAACAUCUGAGUAUAUUGUAUCAGAGCAUUUGAAUUAUUUUGAGGAAUUGAGACAGAAAUGUGGUCAUAAACUGCAGUUACCUGAUUUACUAAUCAAGCCAGUGCAAAGAAUGAUGAAGUAUCAGUUACUGUUACGAGACAUCUUAAAACAUACAGAAAGAGCCGGACUGACUCAGGAGGUGGAACCUCUCAAGAGAGCUUUAAAUAUUAUGAUAGUUGUUCCAAAGGCUGCCAAUGACAUGAUGAAUGUUGGACGUUUACAAGGUUUUGAUGGAAAGAUAAUGGCGCAAGGGAAACUUCUUUUGUAUGGACCACUUACCUGCUGUGAAGGGGCAUCUGGCCAUAAUUUCCGAGGAAAAGAUCUGAUGGUCUUCCUGUUUGAACAGUCAAUCAUUUUCUCAGAAAGUGGGAGGAAGAAGAAUCAGUUUUCUAACCCUGUUUAUGCUUACAAGAGUCAUCUACAGGUUAACAAGAUGAAUCUAGAAGAAAGUGUAGAUGAUGGAGAUCCCCUUAAAUUCGUGCUGAAAUCCACGGAUCCACGAAAGCCAUACUUGGCAUUUGUUUGUCAAGGUGCAUCAGACGACGAUAGAAAUCAGUGGGUGUCACAGAUCCGCCAUCUUUUACAAACUCAAAAGGACUUCCUGAAAGCAAUUCAGUCACCUAUUGCGUACCAAAAGAAACAAACUGAAAAUACAGCUGAUCCCUUGGGGCAAGGAGUCAACUGGAACUCUUCACUAAGAAAGUCUUUCAACCAACCUACUUCUGUACAGCGUGCAGCAGCUGCUAAGAAGAAAUCAAAUACAAUUGAUGUUCCCAGCAGAUAUGCCUCUACAACACCAACUGUCUCUAUUACUUCGCCGACACAGUCAACAGAAUCUAAACCACCACCCAAUUUUCCACCUUUACCUUCACUAGCAUCAGAGUUUCCAAGUAACUUUCCUGUAGAUAGAGAAGAUUCAAUAGAGAGACAUGAUGUGACAUAUAGUCCCCCAAAAAGUAAAAAGAAUUUCUUUGAUGGCUUUCGUAAUACCCUGCGACCACGUGUAAAAGCAGAUGGAAGAGCCGCAGAUGAUAGUACUGACAACAUGGAUAAUUUAUUGCCUUCUCCCAGGCACGACAGAGAAGAUUUCUAUCAGCGGAGAUGGUCAGAGUCCGCCUCUCCUACUAAGUCGGGUGAAUGGAAUGUUCCUUUACCUGCAGGGACACUGGUCAAAGUGCUAGCUGACUUCACUGCUUUAAGGGAAGAUGAAAUAUCUGUCAGCCGAGGAGAGGUCAUACAAGUUAUAACAUCUAAUGCUCUCCGAGGGUACCUAGUUCAUAGAGCCGCCAGUAGCACUAGCCCAGCAGCAGAAGGAUGGGUAGCAGCCAGUGUACUAAUACCUUCUGCUUACCCUGAUUUACCAACUACACCACCAGCUUCACCCACCCAUGCAUCUUCGUCAUGUGAACAGCAAGGCAAAAAGCCAUGGAUAAAGUUCCGAAAACCAUCCUUUUCCAAGAGAGAUCAUCCACCUCCCCAUCCUUUAAGAAGAGAGGAAACAGUUCAUGAAUUACCGAGUGUUCGGUCUCCGUCACAACAAUCACAAAUGCCCUCAAGACAAAUGACUGUGUCUCUGAUAAACCCCUAUCAUCCAGAAAGUCCAAAUAUUAAUAAUGUUGCUUUACGUAAUCAUGCUAAACCUUAUAGUGGAUGUAUUCCUGCAUCACCAGAAUCCCCAGUUAGAAUACUGACUCCUUUAAAGAAUGUUACUGUGUGUCCUGGAGAGCCAGCAGAAAUGGUGUGUGUAAUAACAGGUGCAGGAUUAUGGGUUGAAUCGACAACAGUUGUUUGGAUUGGACCACAUGGUCCAUUAACAGACCCACGCUUUGAAAUAGAACAACACCGAGAUGGAACUCUGAGGCUUCACGUUGGGAGCUGUCGUGUGACAGAUGCAGGGGAGUAUACUUGUACAAUCAGCUGUGGUGGACACAACAUAUCCUGCUCUGCUCGCAUCAAUCUGGCCCAGGACACGGUUGAGGAAGAAGAAGAAGAAGAGGAGGAGGAGGAUACGACUGUAAAUGGGGACCGUAAGGAGGAGUACGACACAGAAGAAGAUGAUAACGAAGGGGACGAGAAUGGCGAUGGCGGCAGAUUAGCUGGGGACGAGAGCACCAGCUGCCCCUACGGUCCCCAAGAAAAAGUCAAGUGGCAAUCGGCCUUUCAACAAAAGUAUUCAGUCAUGCAUGACCUGGGCAAAGGCCGGUUCAGCGUGGUCAAGCGGUGCAUGCGCAUGCGCGACAAACGGGAAUUUGCCGCCAAAUUCGUCCGUCGAGGACGACAGGACCAGCGCCUGACGGAGGUGGAGUUUCUCCUCCUGCGUCGCCUUCGUCACCCGGCGUUGGUGAGGCCCCACGCCCUCUACACGGCAACGGCUAAGUUUGACAUCUUCAUCACUGAACUGGUGAUGGGUCUGCCCCUCUUAGACUGGAUAUUCACCCGGGAGGAAACGACGGAGUCUGAAAUUGCUUUGCUGCUGGUCCAGGUUGUGGAAGCUCUCCAGUAUCUACAUGAUCACCGCGUCGCUUUUCUCGAUCUCAAGCCCGAGAACCUGCUGGUGGACAUCCUCAAAACCUCCGACCACGGCAACAUGCUCAGCGAGUGUCCGGACGUCUCAAAGACCGUCAUUCGUCUCAUCGAUUUCGGCGGCGCGAGGCAUCUGGAAGAAAGCGAGGUGUUUAACGAAGCGUCCGCUGAGGAGGACCAUUCACCAGCUAUAAGUACGAACUCCCGCUCGACUUGCAAGCUGCGCGUCCCUCCAGAUUUCCCUCCGGUGAUCGUUGGGUCUCCAGAAUUCAUGGCUCCCGAACUCAUUACGAGACGGCCGGUUGGGACGGAAGCAGACUGCUGGAGUCUCGGCGUCCUCAUUUAUGUUCUAGUCAGCGGCAAAUCCCCAUUUCUGGGUAUCUCGGUGGAAGCCACUUGCAAGAGAAUCAUCACAGGGGACGUCUGUUACCCCGUGGAGUACUUCAACACCGUCACUCAAGAGGCCUGCGACCUCAUCCACGAGGUCCUUCUCCUGAAUCCUGAAGAACGGCUUGGCCUCCAAGGGGUCCUGGAACACCCUUGGUUCCAUAUGGCUGAAUGUGAAAGCGUCCUGCCAGUCCACAGCCUGGCCAACUUCUGCUUUAGGAGGUCGAAGAUCGCCUCCUCCACUCAGGAACUCCCUUCGUCCUUCUUCCCCUCGGCGCCCCUGGGUACUCCCUCGUUCAAAAGAACAUAGGAGGACGUCUGAAUCUUCUCACCUUCUUAAACGAGUGCCUUCAAUGAGCAUUUAAAAGUGAAACGGAAACCGCCCAUUUUCCCUCUAAAUCAACUAGACUUAACUAUUUGCAACUGUUAUCUAGAACUAAUGUUUUUUUCUUUAUGUUCUCUCGCCGCAAAGGUGGCUACAUACCGGGUUAAAACCCUUAGGGGGUCACUCUAGAAAGAUCAGAUUCAUCAAAUAGCAUUUAUGUAGGGAAAGACUCUCUCACCAGAUGGCCUUUUCUAAUUCACCAAGUCAUUGCGGAUCUCGAUGGGAUUCUGUUUUUCACUGAUACGAACGCCAUCUAUAUAUUUUAGGAGUUUGCCUUAUCUCACUGUCAAGUCAAAGCAUCCAUAGUUUUAAGCUGAUUGCUAAAUAUAAGAGGCUGAACCUCUUUAAAUGUAUUUUAUAUAAGAAUAAUUACUAAAAUACUGCAACGAAGAGAUAUAAUAUGGUGGUGUGUCUGCAUAGCAGAUGUGACUUAUAAUUUAAACAAAUGAAAUAAUGACCGAAUUCUCAUAUAAUGAAGCCAUUUUAUAUAUAUAUUUUUGCCGUUGAAAUAUAGCACGAUUGUAGCUACCACAAGAAAAGGGAAAAUAAUAUAGAUAUAUCAAGUAAUAAGUAGAUAAUUAGGUACAUAGGAAUAAAAUCAAUAAAUUAACGAAUCUUGUAGUCACUGCCCUACCAAAUAACUACAACAGUCAAUCUUGAGGCUAAAGGAAACACGAUUAUAUAGAAAAAAAAUAUAUUUUUAAGUGUUUUCUUCGUCAUAUAUUUAUUGGGUAAGGAAUGAAAGUCCUCAGAAACAUAUUCCAUGAUGCAUCAGAUGUUUUUCUGGGACACAGCGCAUAUUUACAAAUAACCUUAUGUAAUUAGUCUAUUCUUGAUAAAAGUAUAUUUUCAUUGCCUGCUAGGUUACUGAGAGAGAGGAAACCUGUAUACUUGAAGAUUUUGAUUAAAUGCCUGUAUAUAUGUGCCAGGCUUGUCUGUAAGGUUAGUCAAUGAUUACAUGCUGAUUUAAUGGAAAUAUAUUAUAUAUAUAUA